AGGCGCGUCCCCUCCACAGCUCCGCCGCCGCUGUUUUGCUUGUAUAGUCUUCACGGAGGUUAACGCGACGGUGGAAGAAAGUUUUCCCCGGAGAAACAUCAACAUUCCCGGGUUUGGAAACCACGAAUCCUCGGCUCUGGAUGCUCCAAGUGGGAAAAAGCCUUCGUUUGUUAUUCCAACUCGUCGGUUUCCGGAUACCAGCGCACUGUUUUGUUUUGUUUUUUUUGGUGGAACAUUUGCACAGCAUCAGUUGGGGAUCUUCUGUUUCUAUAUUUUUUUUAUAUUGAAUCUGGGAUAACUUCACCUCGUCUCCAUUCGUCCUGCAAGGCACAUUCCAAGCAUGGAGACACCGAGGUAACAAGGGUGACAUUCUCCCAUCCGCACACCUCGAGGCCUUGUGCACCUCCCUUCCAACACCCUGCCAGCCAGUGACUCAUGCAGGGCGACCACAGCGUAGCAGUCUUGGCCGUCGCUCAGCGGACGGACAGGCUGACGGGUGAAGUGUCCGCCGCCGGCAGAGAGAAGUUGAGCUCCACGCUCGAGUUCAACAAGGCCACUUCCUGAUGAUGACAGUAAACAUGGAUGACGGUCUCCAAAAUGGACUCCGACAGCCCAGGAACUUACAAGAUGAUGAGGAGGCCCUCAACUCCAUCAUGAAGGACCUUGCGGCCUUGGGUAGCUGCUACACUCAGCACAACAGCCACAAACCCAAGAGCAGAACCUUGCUGUACAAACAGGAUUUAAGAGUCAAGUUGGAGCAUGAGAGAGAAAAACGGAUCAUUCCAUUUCAGAGGCCACUUAAGAUCAAGGAGCUGCUCCAGAAGGUCACAGAGGCCUUUGGCCAGCAGAUGGACAUGUUCUUCAUGGAGAAAGAGAUGCUGCUGCCCCUCAAAAGCCAGGAGGACUUGGACCAAGCUGUAUUUUCUCUCAGCGCCAGCACGGUGACCAACGGUCUGCUCAGGAUACUGCUGAAGACCCCUAAGAACAACCAUUACCUACAAGUGAACAGCAGGGACAAGCAAAGCGAGAUGAGGUCGUCACGGUCGCUCGGGGAUCUGAAAGGCUCGCUGCUGAAGGGUUCGGAGAGAGUGCGCAAACAUUCCACAGGGUCCCUACACACAGGCCGUACAUCGCCUCCCCCAGGAAGCGUCCCUGAGGAGCAGCAGCAGAUUGCUCGCCAGGGCUCCUAUACCAGCAUUCACAGUGAAGGGGAGUUCAUCCCUGAGAUGCAAGACCCGAAUUUGUUGGAUCCCUUCGGGAGUGCGGGCAAUUCACUGUCGAGCAGCUGUCAAUCCAUCGACCAAGCGCUUGACAGCCCGCCUUUCUCGCAGAACAACCGUGACAAUAAUUACCUGAACCUCAGCUACGAAUACAAAGGUCGCCAUGGGAAAGGUGGUACUUUUCCUCGCCAGUUCCAGUUGCCCAAUCGGAGCAAAGACUAUGGUGAUCGUCGCAGGACACUUCCGCGCAGCUUCAUGCCGCAGGAAAACCUGUUCCAGCUGGUUCCCUCUAGCCGUACGCGCAGCUAUAAUGGCGACAGUGGAGUCGGCCUCCAGUACGGCGAGCUGAGAACGUUGGGACGCAACGCGGACAAAAGCUGCCAGCGCGGCACGGCCAAGUCCCCGCGGGCGCCGGUCAACUGGCGACAGGGGAAGCUGUUGGGGCGGGGCGCGUUCGGUGAGGUUUACCUCUGCUACGACGCUGACACGGGCCGCGAACUGGCCGCCAAGCAGGUGCCCUUUGACCCUGACUGUCAGGACACCAGCAAGGAGGUGAACGCUCUGGAAUGCGAGAUCCAGCUGCUGAAAAACCUGCGUCACGAGAGGAUCGUGCAGUACUACGGUUGCCUGCGGGACAUGGAGCAGAGGAAGCUGACCAUCUUUGUGGAGUUCAUGCCCGGGGGUUCAAUAAAAGACCAACUGAAAGCCUACGGGGCUUUGACGGAGAAGGUGACGAGGAGGUACAGUCGGCAGAUCCUGCAAGGCGUCUCCUACCUGCACAGCAACAUGAUCGUCCAUAGGGACAUCAAAGGUGCCAACAUCCUGAGGGACUCCUCCGGUAACGUGAAGCUGGGAGACUUUGGGGCUAGCAAACGCAUCCAGACCAUCUGCAUGUCCGGCACAGGCAUCAAGUCAGUCACGGGCACUCCAUACUGGAUGAGCCCUGAAGUCAUCAACGGCGAGGGUUACGGACGCAAGGCAGACGUCUGGAGCGUAGCGUGCACUGUGGUCGAGAUGCUCACCCAGAAGCCACCGUGGGCCGAGUACGAAGCCAUGGCGGCCAUCUUCAAGAUCGCCACGCAGCCCACAAAACCGGCGCUGCCGGAUGGCGUGUCCGAUGCCUGCCGGGACUUCCUGCGCCAGGUCUUCGUGGAAGAGAAGUGGCGGCCCACCGCCGACGUCCUUCUCGGACACCCGUUCGUCCAGAGCGGCUUCGGCCCCAAAUGACUCGACUCCCAAUGACACUUAGUGUGAAAAAGAGCAGCUGUGAUUGGCUGCGGUUGGACUGAAAACGCUACUUAUCCGCCUCCAUUAGCAGGCAAUAUUUUUAUACGGCAAAGCAAAAAAAAAAAUCGGCCUGUUUUUCCUGUUUGUCAUCAAGCCUUACAAUAGGGUCGGCGGCUCGGAGAUCCCGCCAAAUGGCUGCAUCGGAGCCAAGACUGGAGAUACGGCACGUAUCAUUUUUCAUGCAGUGCGUUUUCCACGUUAAAUCAGGUCAUUGAUGAUGAAGCUCCUCAACACACUUCAACAAAGUACCUUGAUAAAUCCGCAAACAGAAGAACAUUUUUCCAAAGGUGCCUUUUACUCAGAACCGAUUGCUUUCAAUACAACAGGGCUUUACUCUGCAUUCCUUCAUCAUGCGGGCGGGUUCACGCCGUUACAUUUCCGAUAGGAACUAGAGGUGCAAAUUAUCUACGAUAAUGUCUAAUAUUGGUUUGAACAUACCAGAGAGAUCACCUUGAGGAUUGUACAUUGCACUUUUUGAUAUGACGCCACCUUUUUUACUCAACACGCCAGAUAAUCAGUAGUUAUUUUUCUACCUUUUUUUUUUUUUUUUAUACAUGUAAAUUUCAAACAGUUUUCAAAGCAAUACUGGCGACUCCUCUCAUUAGGCACCCAUCACAUCCAUUCCAGUCUACUGACAAGUAGCCAAAGACAAUGUUGAAGCACAUUCAAGUCUUGUCGUUGUUUAUGUACAGCAUGGCCUUCAACAGUGUUCUUUUGUUUUCAUUGCAGCCUCGUUCUACAUUUAUGGCAGCUUCCAAAUUCGAUGCAAUCCGAGUUCAAUCACGCCAUUGCCUUUACUUUGCUUCCCACACUGUAUAUGAAACAAAGCAAAUAAGCCCCAAAAAAGGUAGGGGGUAGUUUGGCACUUUUGAAAAGGAACGAUCAAAUGUUUUUACUUCACGCUCGUCUGUGCCUUACCUGCUUGGAACAAAUCCUGAUAGAAUUUUAUAUGGAUAUAAAAUUAAAAAAACAAAAAACAAAAACUACAUAUAUAUAUAUAUUCUGUAAAUACAUAUUGUUCUGCACUUUUGUAUGACAUUUUGAAUACAUGAAGAGAAAACUGUGUUCCGCAGUCGAUUGUAAUGUGACUUAGACCAGGGUUUGGAUGAUUGUCUCUUUCCGAGGCUUUCGACCGGGACACGCUUCUGUUUUUGUCUGAAUGACAAAGCCUAUUAAAAAAUGUAUCAAGUCAUUCAUCUUUUGUACAUUUAACUUAAUAAAUCAAAG